AUGUACUCCCACGCAGUCAUUCUUCUCAUACUCUCCUCACUCCACAGUCAGAUAGUUGAGUCUACGUCAUAUCCUCCUAACUCAGCAAGUGCUCUAGAGAGCGCGACUUCCAUCUUCCCACAUCCCGGUCUUUCAACCAUGUCUUACCCUUCACCAAGUCUCUUUGGAACCUAUUACAAAUGCCCCUCACUUGUGCUUCCGGCUAUUCUUAUGUACUCGCUCUUUCUUCUUCCUUAUGACCCGAAUAGUUUCUCUCUUUCUUUUAUAUCUGUCUUCCAUACUUCAGCGUCACUUCCGCCCUCUUUUACCUUACCCCAGCCUAACUCCUUCCCCGAGAUCGUCGAACCAGAAGAGCCAACACGUAGCGUGGCUGCUCUGACACCAUGUUUACCUCCUCCGCGGCAUACUUCUUCCAUGACUACCAUUCCCUUGCUAUCUUCACGCUACAGCCUCCUACGCGCGCACAAUUUCCCCACCAACAUCCCUAUAUCCCUAGAUAGUAUAUCAUCGACCCAUAACAGACGACCAUGGCCCAUGGCCAGCUGCCACCAAUCGGCCACGAAAGGAACCUCACCCGCCAACGACAAGCACCUCCACGACCACAAAAAGACGCCCGGUGUCGUGAUUGCCGAGUACGGAAUACCCCGUCGAACUCAGCCGUGUUUUCUCGAGAAGCAUGUCCGCAUAAGCGGGAGUUCGCUCCGUCGGGUCGUAAACCGCUUCAGCAUCCUAGCGGAACUCGAUCAGCACGCCAACCAUACCAAGUGGAACUUCGACUUCCUCCAGACUCCGCAUACUAGCGCUCGCAGACGCGGUAAGCGUGGCGGGAAGACCUCGAAGCCAAAGUUUGUAAGGCAGCAACCAUAUGAGGCUCCGAAGAGCGAGAGAGAAAGUAUUGAGGAGCUGUGCAAGAAGAUGGCAGGAUUGUGUCUGGAUGACAAAGAAUCGAGUAAUACUGGCGCUACUUCGCGGAUCUCAACUGAUGCUUGCAAUGGAAGACGACAGAAUGAUUUUAGGCGCACCUUCGACGAGGUCAGACAUCACUGGAUUCCUCAAUUCCGACCGAACUCGAAUACCGCGCACCCUUCUAUGCCAACAGCGCCAAGCAAGGCAGUCAAUAAUAACAGAAUCAACCUCCUCUUGCGACCGGAACGAUGUAUGACUCACACUAAUAGCCCCCCUCCAUCGUUGAACACUCCCUUAGAAUCGGCAGAGGUGAGGCGCAAAGAGUCACGCUUCUUCCCCUUGUCAGCCUUUCUCACAUCACCGGAGCCUACAGCUACUCGUCACUCUACGUCACCACGCCUAAAUACCUCGAAUCCUAUCAGACCCUCCAUUCCAAAGAAGCCACUCUCCCUAGUCGCCCAAACAAUUGCACAGAAGGCAGCAGCGUCGGCUGCAUGCCGUGCCCUUACUGUACACAAGAAGUCAAUAGCAGGGCACAUUUCGAGGCCCGUAUCGCCAUCUCCUUUAGCGCUGAACUCUACCCCCUUCCUACCAACAUAUGCCCUGAGCGUGGCACCAGCAAUUUCAUCAGUGACAUCUCCAUUCACACCACUCGCAAUAACACCUCCAUUCACAGCAUCGCCCAACCUGACAACGUCUCCCGCAGUCUCAACCGUUCCACCCGAGACAGGUUCGCCUUCAAUUAUCUCUGCACCACGGAUACUAUCGCCUGGACCAUGCGGGAUGCCGCCUGCGCUGCCGCCACGCCCACAGCCCCCAAAUCCCCCGUCUCCAAUACAGAACUGCCCACUAAUUCAAUUGCCCUCUAUUCCGGCCUCACUUGCAUCCGCACCUCUAGUCUCGCCGCGCAUUCAAUGGCCCGAGACGCCAGCUUCAUUUCCCACUACCUCUCCAAUCCUAACCCCAACCCCAACCUCUUCUGUAUAUCCAACUCCGCCGCCUCCAAGGCGUAUCCCAGGUCUACUCCCCGCAUCACUGUGUCUCACGAAACCCGCGCCCGAACCCAUUGUUUCUUCAGCUCAAGAUGUCGCUAUCCCUUUUCCACUCCCGAGCGAACCAAGUCUACCCAUAGAGCUCUCAGAUCAAAUUCGCAAAAAUCUAAAGGAAUACUUGGAAAUGGGGCACGCGAAUCCAUGCUGGUGUACCUCGCACUCAGGCUCUCAGAUACAGAUCAAGAUGCAGCAUAUCCAUCCAGCGUCAAGACCUACCAAUGGUCAAGAAUACGAAGCCAAACUCCCAGUGCCGACUUCUACACCAAUCACUAGCAUCAAAACUAGCAUCAAAACUAGCAUCAACAUCAACACCCACCCCCAAGCACAAACACAACCUCUAGCAGAUACGCCCAUUCCUAAGAGUCCAGCCCUACAGGCUACAGUCACGGAACAUGAUGCUUCAGACCUCGACUCCGUAACUCUCAUUUCUUCGCCUAUAGAUUCGGAUUUUCUGACUCCGUCACACUCGCCAUCGGCAAUAGAUUCUGAUUUCGAGGAUCUAUCGCGAUACGAAGACUCGGUUUCAUCCUCAAGGAGCGAGAGUGGUGGUGAAGAUGAGUGGAUGGUUGUGGUGCCAGAGAAGGGAUAUGAGAAACCCCAUGCAAUGAAAUCGAUGCCAGGAGGUAUUCCAGGAAAAGGAGAUGUUGGCAUGCCAAAGGAGAGUGAGCAGAAAGAUAUGGAGGGAGUUGGAGGCAGAGAGCAGUGUGAUAAUCCGUGGUGCGACAUGACUAUGAUAGUCAUCGACUCUUCUUCGACUUCGCUAGAGGAUGGUGACGAAGCGGUAAAGAUUUCAUUUUCACCAGUCGAACUCACGGUACCGAAUGCAGCCCCUGGUAGUGCAACCUCAAGCACUUGUAACGUUAGAGGCGCCCCAGAUUCCUCCUCCUCUCCUGUUCCAAUCCCACGGGAAGCGCCAGCACCCUCUCCCACGCCCACAAACACUGUUCAGAACAAGUGCACGCAAUGCGAAACCUGCACCUGCGCAUGCACACCUUCAAGAGGCCAUGGUCAGCAUUCAGAGAACCAGGAGGGCUUCUUUGCAGAAAAAGAAGAAAAAAGUUGCCUGAUGGCGUACUCGGGUGUAAUGAGCUUGAGGGUUGAAAUUGAGCUUGGGCAGACCGAACUGGUCAGUCUUGAUUGCUGUUUAACCAUAACCCGGUUGGCUAGUUUAUUUCAGUUUGUUUCGGUAAUAGUGCAAACUGGCAGGGCCCUGUUUGACCAUGAGGAGAGUGGGGAACUGUCUUCUAAGUAUUCCCUGGGUUGUUUCCGUACCCUUCAACCUAGAUGGCACUUGAAGCCAACGUGCUUCCUGUAUGAUCUCUCACCCCCAUAA